AUGUAUAUUGCAUUGCUCGGAUUGAAUAGUACGUUCUACGGUCAAAUCGCCGAGAAAGCUUACCAAACGCAGACUAGUCGGUCGAACAACAGACAAGGUAGUUCGGGAAUCGCCAAUACCGUGCAAAGCAUGGCUUCAACAGUCUAUACCAUCAUCUUCUACAUUAACUGUGGUGUCUUUGCAAGCUUGUUACGAUCCAUCCCUACCGUUGGCACUCUGUUAUCGUUUUUAGCCAACUGUUUCAUCAUGUCGUAUUAUUGCUUCGAGUACAAGUGGGUGUAUUAUGGAUGGACCAUGGAGCAGCGUCUCCUCUUUGUAGAACAAAAUUGGGCCUACUUCUUGGGAUUUGGAUUACCGGGCACUGUGUUAACAUAUUUCCUAUCACCCCUUCGAUCCGGUGCCGUGUUUUCUUUGAUUUAUCCAAGUUACGUUAUUAUGGCCAUGAUCGCUGUCCCAAAGUCCUCUUCGCCUUACAAUCAUUCUGUCGCGUCUGGUGCUGCCGCUCGUUUCGAAUGGAUGCUUCCUAAUAAGCUGCCUCUAUUUUAUGUUGUACGAAAAAUGAACGAUCUUGUCAUUCUUAUUGUGCGAUUGAUAGGAGGUGUGCACGCUGACCCCAUUGUAUCCGAGAAAAAGAAAGCAAGCAUGCGAAAACAAGAGUAA